AAUCGGUUAACUUUAUCCAUAGCUGUAUUUUUUAUUUUUCUUUCUUUUCCUUCUUCCUAAAUAAUCACAUCGAAGGAGAGAGGGGUGAGUGAGUGAUCUUCACAUUUCUUCAAUUCAACGGUCUCUUACUCUCACUGUCACCAUCAUCAACUUUCAUCAAUUUCACAGGUUUAGGGUUUUGCAACAUAAAUCAUUGUUCAAUUUUCAAUCAAUUUGGGAUUAAUCAACAAUCACCAAUGCUAGAAAACAACCCGAAGAAGCUUACCUUCUCCGAAAUCGACGCUGCUACUCUCACACAACGGUAUGAUGCAGCGACUGUGUUGACAGUGCUUCAGGAAUUAACACAUUACACUGAGUCAAAGUUUGAUUGGAAUGAAUUGGUAAAGAAAACUACUUCUGGUAUUUCUAAUGCCAGGGAAUAUCAGAUGCUAUGGCGUCACUUGGCGUAUCGAUAUGACUUGCCUGAAAAUUUGGAUGAAGAAGGGGAUGAACCUAUGGAUGAUGAUAGUGACAUAGAUUGCGAGCUGGAAUCAUUUCCUUCUGCAAGUGCGGAAUCUACAUUAGAGCCCUCAGCAUGUGUGAAGGUGAUUAUUGCUUCCCGUACGCUAAGUGAGUCUACCCCUAGUAGCUCAACAAUUGAGGCUCCAUUGACCGUAAAUUUUCCAGUUUGCUGUUCAUCUAGAACUCCAAAGGAAAUUUCACUGUCCUCUAAUUUGAUGGAACAAACAAGCAUUAUGUUUCCAGUUUUUGUUAAUAGACAGACACUGCCAACUGUAUCCUCAACAGAUGCUUUAGAAACCAAGGGAACAGAUGGUGGCACCAUGGCUUCCAAAAGGAAAAGAAAAGGAUGGUCAGAGGAAGAGGACAAUGAGCUACGUGCUGCUGUUCAGAGAUGGGGUGAAGGGAAUUGGGCAACCUUGGCAAAAGGAGACCACUUUUCUAUUAAGAGAACUCCACACCAAUUAUCUCAGAGGUGGAGCACUUUACGAAAGAAAGACGGCAGUACCAAUUCAAGUGCCACUGUGACCAAUCCAGUAACCCCCGUGACCACCAACACGCCCGUGACCACCAACACGCAGUAUACUGCUGAACAGUUGGCAACUCGCCACUCCUUAAAUUUAGCUCUUGAUAUGCCAUUCAAAAAGUUAACUGCUCCUGGAAUGACUGAUCCUGGUAGGACAUCCACAUCAAUUAAAAAUCAAGUGCAGAGUCGUAAUACAACACAAGUCUCCUCAGUUCGUAGUUCUGUACCACCUCAGACUCAAGCCUCCACUGUUCGUAGUUCUGUACCACCUCAGACGCAAGUCUCCACAGUUCGCAGUUCCGUACCACCUCAGCCACAAGUCUCCACAGUUCGUAGUUCCGUACCACCUCAAACACAAGUAUCCACAGUUCGCAGUUCCAUACCACCUCAGACGCAAGUCUCCACAGUUCGCAGUUCCGUACCACCUCAGACGCAAGUCUCCACAGUUCGCAGUUCCGUACCACCUCAGACGCAAGCAUCCACAGUUCGCAGUUCGGUACCACCUCAGACGCAAGUCUCCACAGUUCGCAGUUCGGUACCACCUCAGGCGAAAAUCUCCACAGUUCGCAGUUCUGUACCACCGCAGACGCAAAUCUCCACAGUUCGCAGUUCUGUACCACCGCAGACGCAAAUCUCCACAGUUCGCAGUUCUGUACCACCGCAGACGCAAGUCUCCACAGUUCGCAGUUCGGUACCACCUCAGACGCAAGUCUCCACAGUUCGCAGUUCUGUACCACCUCAGACGCAAGUCUCCACAGUUCGCAGUUCUGUACCACCUCAGACACCAGUCUCCACAGUGCGCAGUUCUGUACCACCUCAGACACAAGUCUCCACUGUUCGUAGUUCUAUACCAACUCAGACGCAAGUCUCCACUGUUCGUAGUUCUAUACCAGCUCAGCGUCCAUCUCAACAAGCUUGUGGUUCCCCUGCAAACCCCAAAUUAGCCUCUGAAAAUCCAGUCUCAAAGAGUAAUGCAAUUCCAGCUUGUGAGUUAAAACCUGCCAUUGUUCAUUCUGGAGCACAAACUGUUUCACGAUCAAAUGCUAUGCCACAAUUGAAGGUUGCUCAAGCGAAAAGUGUGGUACAUACUGUGCCUGCUGGCGGUUCUUUGACAAAGACACCCAUUUCUGCUGGUUUGCCUUCUGACCAAAAGGUUCAUUCAAAUGUGCCUGCUGGUAGUUCUUUGACAAAGACAACCAUUUCUGCUGGUUUGCCUUCUGACCAAAAGGGACAUGUUACCUCUGUAAAAGAAGAGGAAAAAAGAGUUUCUGAUCCUGGCUCUGCACCAAAAGAGGUGAAAGGAGAGGAAGCUUCGACAUCAACUACUCAGGGCAAGGUAGAUAGCAAACUGGAUAAGAUGAGGCUAGAUUUAGAUAAAGCCAAAAGCAUGCCCAGUGAGAAAGUUUUGGAACAUAAAGCAGUGUCCCAUAAUUCAGGAGAGUGUGAAGAGCAAGGAAGUGUUAAGAAUUCAAAUUGUACCCCCAAGAAGGCAACUGAGAAUGGAAAUGGCAAUUCGAAUAAGGAAAGUCAAGUUCUAAAUCAAGACAAGAAGACAGUUUCUAUUACUGGAAACUCUAACCAUCAAAACGUGAACGAGAAACUCGUAAAUUUGCCAAAGCAGGGUGAAUGCCGUCAAGGUUUGGAAGUGCCGUGAUAGUAGAAAUUGAAAACUGGUAGUGGUAUAUAGUAACUAGUGGAUUUUGGGCAAAUGUUACUGCCAAACAUAUAAUUAUUGUGCAAUUUCUUUCUUUUUCAUUCUGAAUUCUGGAUUAGUAUCUUGCAAAUUGUUACAGCGUACGUGAGUGGUAAAAAUGUAAAAUGAUUUUGUGGAAAAUGUCUUUUUCAAUUAUCUAAAUUCUAAACCCCAAAUAUUCAAUUUUUUGUUGUUGAAAAAAGACAAAUAAAGAUAAACGGUAAAUUGUGUGUUUGUGUGUAUCA